UAAAGGUGGGACUGAAGCUGGUUUAAAGGUGAGUUGUUUCGAACUAUCUACAUAACAUUCAUCUCUGCUGGUUAACCAGGUUUAGAAGAUAAGUUCUGACAAAUGAGGGAUAAAAGUAGAUUAAACAAACGCGACGGGGCGUGAAUUAUCGUUGAAGAAGCAAGACGGCGGCGGAAAACAAGGAUAAAUGUUGGUGUGGCCUUUCCUGGGUGGAAAUCAUUGAGGGACAGAAUCGUUGUUUUCAGCUGGACAGACAGCUGUUCUGGAAAACCAGUAGAAGAUCCUGCGUAUACACCCUAAAAUCUGAAAAGCCUGCAGAAACUUUUCCGAGCUACAGACAAGGUUGUGGAGCUGGGAUGCCUCAGAGAAGGAGCCUUCAACCAGAUGACCCCAGAAGACUCGCUGUGGUGUCUCCAAUACCUGCAGCAUCCACAUCAGAACUGGUGGAGACACGGGAUCUCAUACUCCUUCACAGGGAUGAGGUUUCCUGUAGCUCUAAUGUGGACCAGCAGGAUCCAGAGCCCCUUCACAUAAAGGAAGAACAGGAGGAACUGUGGACCAAUCAGGACGGAGAGCAGCUUGAUGGACAGAUAGAGACUGUCAACAGGUUCCCAUCCACUGCUGUCACAGUGAAGACUGAAGAUGAUGAAGAGAAACCUCCGUCUUUACAGCUUCAUCAAAUCAAAAAUGAAGACAACAGAGAGACAGAACCUCCAAGCAGCUGCUCGGAUAUACAGAUAAAAACAGAAGCUGAUGGAAAGGACUGUGCAGGACCAGAACCAGCCAAGAAGCCUGAUCCAAACAAUAAUUUACAGACAAAUACUGAUGAAAAGGCUUCAGACUCUUCUGAGACUGAUGUCAGUAAUGAUUACUGGCUGAAAUCUUCAGAUUCAGGACCUGGAAAGAAAGACGGUGACCUGAAGGAGAGUCGAGCACCUCAGUCAGGUGUUUAUGAUGCUGUAGAUUCCAAUGCUGCCAAAGAAUCCUGCAGCUGCUCUGAAUGUGGACAACUGCUCAUCAACAAGUAUUCUCUAAAGAAACGCGUGCAGGUCCACACACUACGGAAACAUUAUGGCUGUGAUGUUUGUGGUGAAAGGUUUUGUGGAGCAAAAGAGCUGAAGAAACACACGAGAGUCCACUUUGGAGAUAAAUUAUUUGUCUGUGAGGACUGUGGUAAAAAAUUUACCCGAAACACCGAUCUGAAAAUGCACACAAGAGUACACACGGGGGAGAAGCCAUUUCACUGUGGUGACUGUGGAAAAAGAUUUAGCCAGAAUAUAAAUCUUAAGACUCACAUGACGCUUCACACUGGGAUUAAACCGUUUGGCUGUGAUGUUUGUAGCAAAAGAUUUCGCAGGACAAAAGAACAUAAGAUACACAUGAGGGUCCACACAGGGGAAAAACCUUUUGGCUGUGAUGUUUGUGGUAAAAGGUUUAGCCGAAACACAAAUCUUAAAAUGCACAUGAGAGUCCACAAUGAGGAGAAACUUUUCAGCUGUAAUGUUUGUGGUGAAAGAUUUAGAAUAACAAAAGAACUUAAGACACACAUGAGAGUUCAUGUAGGAGAGAAACCGUUUAUCUGUGAGAAUUGUGGCAAAAGAUUCAAUCAGAACUCAAAUCUUAAGACGCACAUGAGAAUCCACACCGGAGAAAAACCUUUUGUCUGUGAUGAUUGUGGUAAAAGAUUUACUGCCCAAGGAACUCUUUCUAAACACAUGAUAAUCCACACGGUAGAAAAACCUUUUGUCUGUGAUAUUUGUGGUAAAACCUUUCGCAGAAUGAUUGAGCUCGAGACUCACCUGAGGGUCCACACCGGAGAGAAACCGUUCAGCUGUGGUGACUGUGGAAAAAGAUUUAGACAGAACUCCCAGCUGAGGACACACAUGAGAGUCCACACUGGAGAAAAACCUUUCCACUGUGAUGUUUGCAAAAAAAAAUUUUGUGAUCGAGGAAGUCUGUCGAAACAUAUGACUGUCCACACCGGCGAGAAACCGUUUAGUUGUGUUUGUGGCAAGAGAUUUAACCGGCAUGACAAACUAACGAGUCACUUGAGAGUCCACACGAUAAGCCAGUUUGUUGGGACAAAAUCUGACCUGAUGGCUGUGUGAAAACGUGCAGUUUUUCAUUCAUCAGUGUAAAAUGGCUUUCAGAGCUUCCCUAUGGGGGAUGAUGAUCUAAACCCAGAAACUACGUAGUCUCAGGCCUCAUGUCCUUGUACGUCAAAAAUCUCUACAUUCAUUUCAAACGUUGCUGCCCACAUGCUCUCAUGUGACCUUUACGUUGACGUGUUAGACAAUACCUCCACCAGAGGCCAGUGCAGAGUUCACUUCUGAGUUCUGAUGACGGUUUCAGACAAUAGCAAACAUGGCGACCAUGGACGAGCUCGUGAUAAUUUUUACUCUCAGAAAGACACA